AUGUUAAUACUAUCUCUGCUAAGUCUUAUUUCAUGCAAGACAAGUACUAAGCCCUCCUCAAACACCUCCGCCGUAUCUGCAGCACCCGUUGCAUCCAGACCCAGGUCGUAUGUCAAUCUUGAUGGUGUUAAAAUGGUAGGAUCCCAGCCACAUGCAAUGGUAAAUCAUACCGCUCAGCCAGGUGGCUCAUUCUACUUAAUGAAGACUAGGACUCCAGAUGACCAAUACAGCUGGUCACCUGUCAUCCAGUACCCAUCAGAGAGGACCAAUAUGUCCAACAGUAUGGAGCUAGUAUUCCCAGAGGGAUAUGAUAAGGAUGCACACUACUGUGUCAUGUAUAGGAAAGAUGGCCAGGAUAUCUACUCUAGACCAUUCGCCCUCGACCAGAAGUCACAAGCAUGGGUGCCUAGUAGAACGGCUGAGCAGGACAAUUCCAUUGCCCAGAAGCUACAUAGUGCAGAGAGCGAUAAGAAUACAACUUACACUAACAAGCCCGUUAAUAAGAACGAGAAGGGCACCAAAACCACUUCUGGAAAGAAGAGAAAGAACACCAACUCGGCCUCUGGAAUUUUCUGUUCCAUUUUUGCAUGCAUGGCAAUUGCAUCGGCUAUUUUGCUGUAA